GACCUGCAGAGCUCUCAGUGAGGCAAUAGCACGUCAACGGGAGGGAGAUCGACUCUAGUCCACAGUUGAGCUUAUUUACUACAAGACCGGAAUUACCCGACAACAUUAAAGACACGCACCCUUUUACGGUGAAGCAUUAUCCCGUUCAGAAAGGAGGAGACGCUGUCCUGUGGCUCUGACAUCUGCCUUUACCAGCGCACUCCCGUUAGCUGUGGCAGCUAGCGCGAGCUAGCUGUGUUACGCUCGUCUUUAGCACGCAGCUGACCUCCACUACAACACAGACGUGCUGAGUAUCAUUUACUUGCUACGACGGGGUCGAAAUUCUCCCGUCUUUCACUUACGUUCCCGUUGUCCCCCGUGUGGUGCCCCGUGGACGGUUCCCGAAUAUGAUCCACAAUGAGCCAGAGAGAUACCCUAGUUCAUCUGUUUGCUGGAGGAUGUGGGGGCACAGUAGGAGCCAUAUUGACUUGUCCUCUGGAAGUAGUGAAGACCCGUCUCCAGUCGUCCUCCAUCACCCUCUAUGUGUCUGAAGUUCAGCUCAGUACUGUCAACGGGGCCAGUGUGGCCCGCAUGUCUCCACCGGGCCCCCUGCACUGUCUCAAACUGAUACUGGAGAAGGAAGGACCUCGCUCUCUCUUCAGAGGCUUGGGGCCAAACUUAGUGGGUGUGGCACCUUCCAGAGCGAUCUACUUUGCUGCUUACUCCACUGCCAAAGAGAAACUGAACGGCGUGUUGGAACCUGACUCCACACAGGUGCACAUGGCGUCGGCUGGAAUGGCAGGUUUUACAGCCAUCACAGCAACCAAUCCAAUCUGGCUCAUAAAGACGCGUCUACAGCUGGAUGCAAGGAAUCGAGGUGAGCGAAGGAUGAGCGCGUUCGAGUGCAUGCGUCGGGUUUAUCAGACAGGCGGCUUUCGAGGCUUCUAUAGGGGGAUGUCAGCAUCUUACGCCGGCAUCUCAGAGACUGUGAUCCACUUUGUGAUUUAUGAAAACAUUAAACGGCGCCUCCUGGAGGCCAAGGCACCACAGAACAUGGAAGAGGAAGAGGAUUUGACAAAAGAUGCAUCAGACUUUGUGGGGAUGAUGCUCGCUGCUGCCACCUCCAAGACUUGUGCCACAUCUAUUGCUUACCCCCAUGAAGUGAUCCGUACGAGACUACGCGAAGAAGGCACCAAGUACCGCUCUUUCUUCCAGACUCUAACGACAGUUCCCAAAGAGGAGGGCUUUCGCGCCCUGUACCGCGGUCUCACCACCCACCUGGUACGCCAGAUACCCAACACAGCCAUCAUGAUGUGCACCUACGAGCUGGUAGUCUACCUCCUGAACGGUUAAAGUCUCCCGCUCCCCUCUCCUUUGAGACACUUUAUGUAACCCUGCCCCCGUUUGGAGAAAAGAGAGCCAGAGCACCUGCACACCAGCUAGCACAGCUAACAGCCUGCUUCCAGAGAGGGCACCUCAACUUUUGUCUCAGUGACACGAGACAGCUUGAGGAAGCGUUCAUAAAAAGUUGGGAGUUGUGUUGUAUAGCCAAAGGGUUUGACAAGGAGGAGUGUCAGAGAUCUACGCAUUGAUUCGGGGAUCUGAGCUUAGCAGUGGCAAAGAAAUAGAUGCCCUAGUUUCACUUUUAUUCCAUCCUUUUCUCCCCUCAGAUGUAUAUGUUCUUCCUUAUGAAGAAAGAACCUGACUUACAGUAUAUUCUGCCUCUAACAUGACUAAUAAUGAAGAGAAGUACAGCAGCUCUGCUCCGUAAUACCUAGUGAUGAUCACUUUUUAACCCACUUUUAGUGGUAGUGCACAGUAUACCACACAUUCCUUAGAGUACCACGAGAAAUGCAGAAUACAGAGGCACCAAAGUCAGUGGCUCAUCUCAGUGUGUGACAGAGGUUCUGAAGAGCGAGGAGUCGUCGGGGUUUGUGGCUCGUUGAGGUGGGAGGGACAGAGGGGGAGGCAGGUGGAUGGAAGACGUGCCUUGUGUGAAGACUGAGAUGUUCAGCAGCUGGAGGAGGAUCUGUAACAACAAAAAGUCAAGUCAUACACUGGUGGUGUUUGAUUUCAGGUGCCCUUAGUGACAGUUUUACAUAUCAUAAACGUAAACACAAUCACCUGUAGGUCUUCAGCAUCCCCAGUACUGACUCUGGUAUCAUUAAAAUGGUCAAAUUAUGAGAACUCACCAGGCUAAAUGACAGUAUACUCCACCAAUCUAACUGCUUGUGAUUGAAGCCAAGGCAGCCAAACACUUACUCAUGGUGUGAAGUAAAAAACAGUAGAGUUAACUAAGUUUGACAAAUUGUGACAUAGACAAAUAUAUAAAAUAACUACCUAACUUGAUUGUGUUGUAUUUGUCAGGCCAGUUUUGGCGAGAUGAAGACAUGUAGUGUGUUCUCUUUACAGGAGCGCCUCUUAGUUGUUACCUUUCUUUCAGAAAACUGUUCUUACAGCACUUUUCUUUCUCUGUAGUGCUCAUCUCAUUUUUUUUCCUUAGCUGGAGAAUCCAGGCUAGUUUUCCAGGCGAGGACAAUCGUCUUGAGUUUACACUGGAACACUUGUUGUACAGCUUAGCUAACGUGCAGAGGAGGUUGGCCGGGAAUAUUAUUUGUCAUGAAACGCACAUUAAUUAAAUGCAGUUUUUAAAAAUAAAAGUCAAUUCCUUCUGAUUUUCAGUCGAUUCCAGAAACUGCAUUUUGACCAGUUAGAAAAAUCCAACUUUUUCGGGAGGAGGGGGUGGGGGUGUCAUUGUUUUUGUGUCUCUGGAUGUCUUUGUCAUGGAGAAGUUCUUGCUCUCUCCUUUGGAAACAUUUUGGGUUUUUUUGGUUUUUUUGUGGCAUUUUUGGCUAAUGUUUAAACAGUACAAACAGUGUUUUUUGCUGUGUAAUCUUAUUUAUCCUGGUAACCACAAAAGUAACUCUUCCUCCUGUUUACCCAGCCCAUCAUAGUGUGAUUGUGAUUGAAACAGUGACUGAACCCACAGUGCUAACACACAUCUCACUUUCAGCCCUGGGCUCAUCCUUCACCUAACUUACCCAAACACUUCACUGCUUAGUUUGCCGGCGCUCACUUUCUCGGCUUUUGUGAACACGGGCUUUUCAGUCGGUUUUAGAGCACGCACAAAGGAUGCUGUAGGCUCCUUUUUAGACUCUCCUUGUUCAAAUACAGUGUGUGUGUUGCAUAGAGUGCCAUCAACACACACUGCUGAUGUCGUGAGCAUCCACGGGUGACCACUGUUGCUGCUAGUAGUGACUGGACAGUUGCGUAUCAUGGUGCUGGCUUCACUCCCGUGGAUUUUAAAGGCAGGACAGAUUGUGUGUGUUGAUUGUACCAAACCCGAUUAAAGGGCCAUUUCACCCAAAUAAGAAACAAAAAAGCUCUUUAGUGGAAUUUGGUCCCGGAGAAGAGAUUCCAGCUGUCACCUCAGCUUCAUUUGACUGUUGUAUUGUUGAGUACAGAGGAGGCAGCUGACCCCCCACAAAAUCUGGAGACCAAAAAUGCUCAAGAUGAGUACGAUUAUUUUUUUUAUUUGAGUGACGUGACCCUAUAUGUGUACAUUUCUACACAUCUCUUCACUUGUAUUGCUUUAUUUGUCAGAUGAAGCAUUCUCCCCUCAUUGUUAUUCUUCCACGGCCACACAUUUUGCAUCAUGUACGUGUGUGUGUGUGUGUGUGUGUGUGUGUGUGUGUGUGUGUGUGUGUGUGUGUGUGUGUGUGUGUGUGUGUGUGUGUGUGUGUGUGUGUGUUUGCGUACGCUUGCGCAGAUGAGACUCCUGCAUGUGUCAUUUAGUUGUAUUGUGUGUGUGAGAGACCUGCAAACAGUGUUUUUUUUUUUUUGUUUUGUUUUGUUUUUUUAAAUGUAAUCAUUUAAAAUUGUUGCCUUUUCCCAACACUUUUUGUUGUGUUGCUCCACGUUGUCUUUGAGUCGACUGUGAGUGCGGCUCGCUCUAUGCAUUCUCUCAUACCUGUUUUUGUAAAACAAAAUGUCAAUAAAAUGGAAGGAGUGCAAAUGUA